GACAAAUCCAAAAUGCUCACACAAAUGGCCUCAAAUGUCGGAAAUCGAAUCCGAUUCCUGAGUCUCACGAAGCUCUCACACGUAUCUGAUUCACUGUUGAGAACCACCCAUAAUCCUCGUAGCCUCUCCCUUCUUCCGUUUCAGCGUCGUUGCAUCUCUGUUGUUAAUCAUCGUCCUCUUCUUUGGCUUCGCUCAUCUCCUCCUAUGUCCUCCAUGUCAACUCAGGCUGAAUCUGGGGCUCCCCAUCAAUCCGAUUCUUCCAAAACGGUGAGGAUGGUGAUAAAGGGAAGAGUACAAGGAGUUUGUUACAGGAACUGGACCGUUGAGAAUGCAGAGCAGCUCGGGCUUAAGGGAUGGGUGAGGAACCGCAGGGACGGUUCAGUGGAAGCGCUCUUCUCUGGACCAACUCAAGCUGUGGAAGAGAUGCAGCAGAGGUGUCGCCGUGGCCCUCCUGCAGCCAUGGUUACUGGAUUGGAGGCUUUCCCUUCCACUGAAGAACCAGGAACAAGUUUUGAAUACAGAUCAACUGUUUGAGAGAGUGUGGGUUAUUCCUUGAAUGUUGCAAUGGUUAUGGAUAAUAAUAAUAAUAAUAUAAGUGUAACAAGGCUAAGGUGGUUUUGUUACGAGCAGACUAUAAAUGUCAUGGAAACAUAGAGCCAUAGAUUAUAAGCAAAAGAUGAUGUAAGAGAUAAAGUUCAAUAAAACCCGCAAGCUCCAAAGGAAGUGCAUCUUCAAA